CCCAAAAUGAAAGUGAUCGCAGCUUCAGAAGCAAUGGCAAAUGCGGAGAGCGAUAAGACACUGAGAAAAAUCGCCGAGGCCUUGAAGGAACUUGCAGCCACGGUGAACUCUCAAACGGCGGAUAUGGAGGUGGCCCCUUUCUCACGCGCAUGUUCUUUCGUUUCUCCCCUCUUUGGUUGUUUAGGCAUCGCCUUCAAGUUUGAGGAAAUGGACUACGUUGCUAAGGUUGAUGAUCUUGCAGAGGCAUCAAAGUCGAUUGUGACGCUAAAUGCAAUGAUUGACGGGGAUAUAGAACGGAACUGCGUGAGGAAAGCCGGGUGUCAUACACGAAACCUUUUGAGAGUGAAACGCGGUCUUGACAUGAUCAGGGUCCUCUUCGAAAAAAUUCUAGCUACAGAGGGUAAUUCCUUAAGAGAUCCGGCUUCUAAGGCCUAUGCUCAGGUGUUUGCACCCCACCGUGGCUGGGCAAUCCGGAAAGCUGUGGCAGCUGGGAUGUAUGCCCUUCCGACAAGGGCACAGCUAAUGAAAAAACUAAAUGAAGACGAGGCGUCGGCGAGAAUUCAAAUGCAAAACUAUGUCGCGGCAUCCGGUACUGUAAUUUUGUACAUUGACAAACUCUUCCUUUCAAGAGAACUGGGUACAGAUUGGUAA